UUUGUCAGUGUUCAUUUGGGCACCUGACUAUUGUUUGAGGACUGUCUUGAAAAAUUGUGAACCUGUCCUUCAAGUAAUUCAACGAUGAAGUCGUUGUAGUGAUCAACUUAAUAUCUCCAAAUCUGAAUCUCUCAGAUCACCACUUAACUGGGUGCUGCUGACACUUGAUCCUGUAAUUCAGAGCUCAUUGUGCGUGGCAGCGCCGUCACAGAACAGAGGAGGAGUCAGAUGCGUCUCUAUUGCGCACACUCACACUACACAGAUAAACGCAUGCCUUUACCUCUGAGCACUGUGUGUGUGAAUUAAACCAACAGGAUACAAAGUCUGUGUAACUUAAUGCCACAUUCUCUGCCGUUGGACUGAUCUGAAAGCUUGGUUUCACGGUAUAAGUGGUGAAUGCAUCUUGAUUUUCUGCGAGUGUUGCUGAGCUCCUAACAGGUGUUGGGGCACGCCGCCCGGAGAGAGAACAUGUCCAAUGGGAAAGACGCAAAUGCUGCAGAAAACUCCUCACAGAUGACCCUGAAAGAGAACCUGGAUGAGUGUAUGGAAGCCUUGGAUCUCUUCCUUAACAACCACUUCGACGAGAGCCUGGAGAGGCUGCGACCAAGAGUGAAUGAGAGUAUGUACCAUGCUCUUAUCUACGCCACAAUACUGGAAAUGCAGGCCAUGAUGACUUUCCAGCAUGACGACAUCAACAAUGCAGGAAAUACCAUGAAGAGUGCCAAGGAGGUGUGUCAGAGGUUUCGACGGAAAUCCUCAGGUUUGGCUAACAAGUCAGUAGGUGAAUCACUAACUGAAGAGCAGCUCCAUGCUGAAGUGUGUUACGCGGAGUGCCAACUCCAAAGAGCUGCUCUCACCUUCCUACAGGACGAGAACAUGGUGAGUUUUAUCAAAGGAGGGAUCAAAGUACGAAAUAGUUACCUGAUUUACAAAGAACUGCACUCCUUUAUUAAAUCUCACCACUGUCUCAAAGGACCCAGCCACAUUCACUUAGAGGGAGGAAUAUCUUUUGGAGUAGGGGCGUUUAAUCUGACUCUUUCUCUAUUUCCUCCACGGAUACUCAAAGUUUUGGAGUUUGCAGGCUUCUCUGGAGACAAGGAAUAUGGUCUGUCCCUGCUGCAUGACGGCGCGACAGGGAUGAAUCUGCGCUCCAUGCUGUGCGCUCUGCUACUGCUCUGCUACUACACCUUUCUCACAUUCAUACUAGGGACAGGCGAGGGAGAGGUGGUUGAAGCUGAAAGGCUGCUGAAACCCUUUCGACUCCGCUACCCACGGGGAGCGAUAUUCCUCUUCUUUGCAGGCAGAACUGAAGAGAUCAAAGGGAACAUUGAUGAGGCGGUGGCUCUUUUUGAAGAUGGCUGCAAGGCCCAGCAGGCAUGGAAGCAGUUCCAUCACAUGUGCUACUGGGAGCUGAUGUGGUGCUUCACCUAUAAGCGAGCAUGGAGGAUGGCUUACUUCUAUGCAGACCUACUGAGCCAGGAGAGCCGCUGGUCCAAGGCGAUGUACGUGUACAUGAAAGCUGCUUACCUCAGCAUGCUGCCUAAAGAUGAGGCCAGGCCUUUUGGGGAGGACGAGGUAGACCUCUUUAGACAAGUGCCCACCUUCAAGCAGAAGAUAGCAGGGAAGUCUCAACCGACUGAAAAGUUUGCUAUCCGUAAAGCCAGACGCUACAAGGGUUCCUGCCCAGUCAGGCUGCCAGUGCCAGUGCUGGAGAUGAUGUACAUGUGGAACGGUUUCAGGAUGAUCAGCAAACGACCAGAGCUGACUGAAGGCAUGAUGCAGACUCUAGUGGAGGCAGAGCGUACCCUGCUGGAGUCUCCUGAAAAUCAGUAUAUGAUAGAUGACCGCUGUUUGAUCCACCUGCUAAAGGGUCUGUGUUUCAAGAACCAGGGUCUCCUCCAGGCUGCUGAGGAAUGCUUCAACAAAGUGUGUUCUAGCGAGAAGAAGAUCAAGUUUGACCACUACCUGGUGCCCAACUCUCUGGUGGAGCUCAGUCUGCUCUACAUUGACCAAGGCAGAAGGGACGAGGCUAUUAACCUACUGCACAAGGCCAAACAAAACUACAAAGACUACUCGAUGGAGUCUCGUACGCAGUUCAGAGUACACGCUGCUCUGGCCAAACUCAAGGCUGGCCCUGGUGAGGAGGAGGACUCUCAUCUGUAAGAAGACAUUUCUUCAUGAUUGGAACGGCUCUUCACUCUGGAUGCUCCACUGCCCUCAAAGUUAUUGCUCACACUGUGCCGGCUGUUUUUAGCUGAUACCAAGUUUUUAACCUAUAUCCAUUUUCAGUGAGUAAAUAUUGGGUAUUUGUUCAGGUGGACCUUUUCUGCCAUGGUUGUGUCACGGUCUGCACUAACAUAUCAUUGGACAAAGGUGUCAUCUGGUAGAAUAUUUACAAGAGUCCAUCCUUCCCAGACUGGUUUCCAAGAGCAGUAAAGUGUCAAGUGGAGGUUGAUAUUUUGAGCCGAGGGACCUCAGUUUCACUGCCUUUCAUAGGUUAAUAGACUUGAGUGUAUAUAUGGUAGACUUUUAAUUUUAUUAACAAUGUUUUUAUUGUUUACACUGAAAAUUAAAGAACACUAAACUUUAAUCAACAAUUGAUUGAAACCCACUCUGAAUACCAAAUGUAAGAAAUGUUUGAUGUAAUGAAAUGUGUAAUGAUGACUUUGUUGAGCUGGAUUGAAAGAGCUCUACAUGAUUAUAUAAUUAAAUAACCUCAGAAUACUGUGCUGUAGCAACAUGUUUUAGAAUGAGGAUGUUUUACAUGAUACGGAAACAUUUUAACUGUUUUAAUUAAGUGGCUUGAAUAAAAGUACGACCCACAGCCAGUGUUUUAUGCUCCCUGACACACUAAUUAUAGUCACAGCACUUCCCCUCAUCUUGAUGUGUUUACAAUCAAAAUUCAGUGUUUAGACUUAUCUGGAUCAGUGCAUGCACUUUCCAAAAAGAUUUUAUCUGUACAAAAGUUAUUUUUGCAUAAAUAAAUUCUAUGUAUGAAU